AUGAAACUGGUAGGAAUUAAUAGUUUUGCCUUAAGACAAUUUGUGAAAGGAUACAGAGGAAGUUAUAUUCCUAAUAUUAGUCCUCAUGACUUCUUAAGAAACGUAAAUAGUUACAUUAUGGAUAAUAAUCCCACUUUGGUCGAUGGGUAUGCAGAUUUUUGUAAACAUAUUUUUAUUCCAAAUUUCACGGAAGCAAAAAAUUCAAUUGUUAGAAUCACGGAUGAAAAUGAAAAAUAUAUAAAGACAGGAUAUAUUUCAAGAAGGAAAGAAGAAAUUCCAGUACUUUCAAGAUGGUUUCCGAAGGAUUCUCCACCAGCUUCUCAAUUAACUAAAAGUAGGUACUUGGACAUUAUUUUGUACAGUAGAGAGCAGUGCGAGAAAGAAUCUAAUGCUAUGAACUGCCAUAUAGAAAAUAUUCUAGAAGAGAGUGAAAUGGACCCAGACUGGUAUAUCAUCUCAAUAAAGGCGCAAAAUGAAAGUUUCGAAGUACCAAUGGAGCCAAUUACAAUCUUAAGAAAUACGUUAAUAGAAGAGGGGGGCAGUGGCAUCCCAUUAAAAAGGGAUAGUUACUUAGAGUCGGUGGAGUUUUGGAAAGAACAUGCUAUUGUAUUAAGUUCUUAG